UUCUACUUUGCAGAAUACAGCAGUCUCUCCUUCUGCCAAGAUGUUCAGAAUGAAGAGAUUUAUGCAGAGAUCCUGGAUUCUUCUGCAUGUGUGCCUGUCUACUAUUAUUGGUAAAAUCUGUAUGUUCUUCUUCCCAGGUACUGUGAAGAGAUAUCUCCUGAAGCAGAGAGAAAAGAGUAGCAACCCAAAAUUCAGGUAUGAAAAUUGGGGUCCAACUUUCUUCAGCUUCCCAUACUUACUCUUUGUCUUGAAAGUCAAAUGGAAAAGACUGGAAGAUGAAGCCUUUCAGGGCUAUCCUGCUCCUAACACCCCUGUAGCAGAUCUCAGUGGGAAAAUUCAUCGCAUUCUGGAUUUCAUGCAGGGUAACAGGCCUUUGGUUCUAACAUUUGGAAGUUGUACCUGACCUUCAUUCAUAUUCAAAUUUGGCGAGUUUAAUAAACUUGUUGAAGAUUUCAAAUCUGUAGCAGAUUUUCUUGUAAUCUAUAUUGAAGAAGCUCAUGCCUCAGAUGGAUGGGCCUUUAAGAACAAUAUUGUCAUUAAAAGUCACCGAACCCUCCAAGAUCGUAUAGCGGCUGCACAGAUGCUCCUAAAACAGCAUCCUUUAUGUCCAGUGGUUCUAGACACAAUGGAAAACCUGAGCAGUAACAAAUAUGCUGCUCUGCCUGAGAGACUGUAUGUGCUUCAAAAGGGAAAAGUUGUGUAUAAGGGUAGACCAGGACCAUGGAAGUAUUGCCCUCAAGAAGUUCGUGAAUUUUUGGAACAAUUUUACAUGUAAAAAAACACCUCAACGCAACCUAUUUGUGAGCAGCACGUACACUCCAUUGCCUGAUUGCAUUUUUAAAAGUAUUUUUAUUUGUAAAAGUCUGUAUUUAUUUGGAAACAUAAUAGUGAAAAUUUUAUAUCAUUAAUAUUCAGCAGUCAUGAACUCUCAAUUAAUCAAUAACUUAAGAUCUAUUUAAUAUAGUUACCCUGGAUUACCUGCCAAUGCUUAUCUCCAUUCUUGUAAUGGCCAGCGGUAGAUGCACAAACCGCUUUACACAUUUGAAAAUACCUUUGUGGUGAAUUUUUUAAUGAAGCAAAGCAUUCAACUGACAUUGUCAAGAUAAUAUGAUGGAUUGCUUAUAUACAACAGCCCCUAGAUGGUCAAAUAGAGCAACAAUGUCUUCUUUAGUAACAGGAAUGCAACAGUGUACAUUUCCCAAUUAUAUUUCUUCUAUAAAAGCUGUAUUUGCAACGGUUAGUCUGUGGAUCUGAACAGAAGCAGUCUUUGUACAUGUAUAGAAUCAAAUUUCUGGAGAACAUUGCUGCAGAACCAGCUGACAUUUGUAACAGACAAACAUGCAUGAUUGUUCUCAUGAAACUCCUAGCAUGUGCUGAUGCAUUGGAUCCUUUGAAACCAAACCACUUAAGAACAGGACUUUUAAAGGUGUCUGCAGAGAAGAAUUUUCUGAAUGGAAUAGUUGUAAUAAUUUUCUUAUUUUUGUUUCUAUUAAUAUUUGUUUAUGAUAGUCAUAAUUUAAAACAUAGAAGAUUAUGACCUGAUACGGAAAAAUAUUUAUAGAAACAAGAUGCAGUAUUAAACUUGGUCCAAAAAUCUUUGUCCAGCUUGAACUUGUUUUUUUAUGAACUUAUGAUACCAUAAAAUGGUAUCAUUUUAUGAUAUAGCAUAAGAUAAAAUGAUGGAGUGGAACCUGGUGGUCUAAAAGAAAGAUUGUCCCAGACUAAAUUAACUCUAUUUCUUAUCAAUUAAGAAGCACAGAAGAUAUUGGGCAACAUAACAGAAGGUUUGAUGAAAGAAGAUUCUUGUUUAUUACUCCAUUUCAUCUACAGUAUACAUCUUCAUAUAAAUAUUAUCAUAUUUAAUAUUUAAAUAAUGUUCAUUGUUGAAUUUUAACAAAUUUACAUUGAAAAGAUUGAAGUACUUAAGAGUCAUUAAUGCCAGCUACAUUUUUAAAAAGGUUUAAUGUUUAAUAUGUUAUUAUCUGAAUAUUGAAUUUAACUUUCUUGUGAUAGUCCUUCCGCUAUCAUCCUAUGAACUGACACAAAAGCAUCAGAAGCAGAUAAAAUGAUGAUUCGAAGAUAUGUAGCUUGGAUCUCAGGAAA